UAUUUCGUGGAAAUAAAAACGUAAAUAAAAAUUUUAAUUUUUUUAUUGCUUAUAAGAUUAAGCGAAUUUAACUGAAGAGGUGAAAUUAUAAAGAAAGAAAAUCGAUAGUAAUUUAAGGGAAGUAGAAAGAGUCGCCCAAAAAAAUGCAAAGUAAUUUUGUACUUUGCGCAGCAGUCGCACUACUGGCUGGUGCCUUCCUUGUGAGCGCAACGCCUUUGCUAGGAGCUAAACAAUGCACUUGGGGUCCAAGUUACUGGUGUAAGAACCUAACAAAUGCAAAAGGUUGUCAUGCUGUGCGUCACUGCAUACAAACUGUGUGGGAAAAACAAAAUGUUGAGGUCGAUGAUGAUUCCAUUUGCAAAAUAUGCAAAGAUAUGGUAACACAAGCACGUGACCAAUUGCGCAGCAAUGAGACCAUGGAGGAGCUAAAGGAAGUGUUCGAGGGCUCUUGCAAUCUCAUACCGAUAAAGAUUGUGAAAAAAGAAUGCACCAAAUUGGCUGAUGACUUUGUGCCCGAAUUGGUUGAGGCUUUGUCUUCUGAAAUGAAUCCAGAUCAAGUUUGCUCCGUUGCUGGUCUUUGCAAUAAUGCACGCAUCGAUGAAUUGUUGAAAUUCUACUAUACAGCAGCCUUGGAGGGCACAUUGAAAGAAGAUGACGAUUUGACUGAGUCCAAGGAAACCAAAGAAUCAGUUGAAAACAAGGAACAAGGCGUCGCUACUACAACUAGCCAACAACAACACUUGUUAACUUGCGGCAAUUGCAAUCACUUGGGUUCACUUAUCACCGAGAAAUUCAAUAAAGCCAAUCGCGAUGAUAUACUUGAAAACAUUUUACAUUUAUGCGGCGAAAUGUCAUCCUUCUCUGACGCCUGCUCCAAUAUUGUCCUAACCUAUUUCAAUGAUAUUUACGAGCAUGCGAAGAAGAACUUGAAUGCUGCUGGCAUUUGUCACAUGUCUGGCUCAUGCGUUGCCAAUUAUCACAAACAUGCCGAAGAUCCAGUGGAACAAGAAGAUGCAGUGGCACUUGCAAGCACUUUGGGUGAUGAUAUACCUUGCAAAUUAUGCGAACAAUUAGUGCAACAUUUACGCGAUGUGCUGAUUGCCAACACAACCGAAUCUGAAUUCAAACAGGUACUGCAUGGUCUAUGCAAUCAAACGAAGGGUUUCCGUGAUGAAUGCAACAGCUUGGUGGAACAAUACUACGAUGUUAUCUAUAAUGCUUUGGUAAAUAAUUUAGAUGCUAGUGGCGCAUGCUUCUUGAUUGGCGUAUGCCCCAAAGGUAGUGGUGAAGCGUUCAAGGGUGAGAUCAGACCAAUGUUGCCUAUCUUACCACCAGCUGAGAUUAAGGUUACAUUGCGUAAAUUGGGGGCAAACGAACCGAAAUUCACACAAGAAGAAAUACACUCUAUGACUUUGCCAAUCGAUACGCUAAUGGGCGCUGCAAAUCCCAACUUGCUGGUGGAGAACGGCGAGUUGUGCACUUUCUGUGAAUAUGUGUUGCAUUACAUACAAGUGGAGCUAUCCACACCAACCACUGAGGACAAAGUCAAGGAUGUUGUAAACAGCAUUUGCAAUCGUUUAGGUCACACACUACGCGGUGAAUGCCACAAUUUCAUUGAUAUGUAUGGUGAUGCUGUUAUUGCAUUGCUCAUUCAAGGCUUAAAUCCACGUGAAAUCUGUCCCAAACUAGCAAUGUGCCCACCCAACCAUGAGAAUUUCGAUGAUGUUGAAAUAUUCGCGCCAGAAACUUCCAAGCCGGUAGUACAACCAAAGGAUUUGAGCGACAAACCUACAUGCCCGCUAUGCUUAUUCGCUGUUGAACAGGCUCAAAUUAAGAUUAAGGACGAUAAGUCUAAGACGAACAUCAAGAACGUGCUGGAUCAUUUGUGUGUACAUUUGCCAACUAAAUUGAAAACCGAAUGCGUUGACUUUGUUGAAAGCUAUUCAAAUGAGUUGGUUGAUAUGUUGAUCACCGACUUUACGCCACAAGAAAUUUGUGUAGCCGUGAAAUUAUGUCAAAGCUCUGGUGACUCGCUGGAGGACUUGGGCAUUAGUUUGGGCGAUAAGAGUCAUGAAGAUGGUGAAAACGAAAUCGAUAGUAAGGAAUCGGUUGAAGUUGCUUUGGGAUAUGCACCGGCGCCAAAUUGUUUGUUGUGUGAGGAAUUCAUUAAGAUUGCUGAGAAGAGAAUCGGCAAACACACGACCAAGGAUGAUAUCAAACAUGCCUUGGAUCAGUCAUGCGAUAAAUUACGCAAAAAUGUGCGUGAGAAGUGCCAUAAAUAUGUAGAUAAAUAUGGUGAUAAAAUUGCCGAUUUGUUGGUUAAGGAAAUGGCACCAAAGGUGAUUUGCCGUGAGAUUGGCCUAUGUAUUUGGAGCGAGCAAGAGGAUUUGGAUAUCGAUGAAGCACUGAAAUACGAUGUCGUCGUAUUACCCGAUCACCGCAUGCCCAACUACAAUGAACGUCUCACCGGUUUAGAUGAUAUGGUCAAGGAUCCGCCAUCUUGUGUGCUCUGUGAAUUUGUUAUGACCAAAUUGGAGGCUGAACUAAAGAAUGCAACAACACAAGAUGAAAUUAAACAUACCGUCGAAGGUAUUUGUAAAAUAAUGCCUAAAACCGUUGCAAAGAGUUGCAACAAAUUCAUUGAUCAAUAUAUCAACACAAUUUUGGCAAUGAUCGGUAGCGUGCCACCAAAAAUGAUGUGCCAGGAAAUGCAGUUGUGUUUCACCGGCUUGGCUGUUGUGAGCGAUGAGGUCAUUGAAUGUGGUGUUUGCCAUGGCGCCACCUCUGCUCUAUUGCCAUACUUCAAACAGCAUUUGGAUCAUGAGGCCAUUACUGAAUAUUAUAUGCUUUUGGAAGGCUGUCAAUCACUUUCGGCUAAAUAUUACGAUAUUUGCCACCGUAUGAUCAGAACUUACGGACAAAGCAUCUUGAAUCUUGCACGUAGCGGUGAGAGCGAUGAAUCGAGCAUUUGUGCGAAGAUUGGCAAGUGUUUCAACGGUGAAAAAUCCAGUUUGGCUUUUGCCAAAGUUGCCGCUUAAAUUACCGCGCGUUGCUCGAAAGUUUAAUAAAUAUAUAAAUACGAUGUUGGCGGCCAAUGAUGAUUAAUUGUGAUGCGGUUAACUUCUUAUAAUGUCAACCAUUAUUUACCUUACUUUACGUUUUAAUUAAAUCUGUGAACUAUUUUUCCAACUCUUAUUUCAUACACAUAAUCAUACAAACUUACAAGACAUACUUACGGAUAUAUGUGUAAAACAACGAUGAAAUUUAUUUUUUAUUAUUAAAAAGAAAUGGUAAUUAAAUUUCGCUUUUACAUAUUCACAUUCUGAAUAUAUGUAACGUUCGAUUAAUUAAUUAUUUGCGCUAAGUCAAAGGGAAUCAAUUUAUUAUGACAUCAGUUUUUUUCGUGUGAAAUUUGGCAAAGAAACGGUGUUAAUUACAAAUAGCGCAGUUUUUAUUUUAUUUUGGUAACUCAACAAUAUAUUUUAUAUUGUCGAUAAAAAAAAAACAGUUUAUAAAUACACAUUAAAAUAUAUAGAUAUAUAUACAGCAUAUAUUUUAAGCGGCACUGAGUUAAAAAAAAAAGAAAAACAACCAAACUAAAUCGAUGAUAUCACUCUAUAUAAGUAUAUAAUGAAAAGUACUGAAAGCUCCCGGUUAAGUCUGCAUGUGACAUUCGGAUUGAAAGAUUUUUUCUAUUAUAGAAUUCCACUUAAUUGACGAUAUGAUGGAAUGUGUAAUGUUAUUAGUAAAUGAUGAAAUAAAAUUAUAUUUUAAAAUUUAAUAAC